AUGGCGGCGAACAAGAUCGGUGACUGGGCCUUCAAAGCUUUCACGGCGGGUCUCGGUGUUGCCACCAUAUACCUAGCCGCUACCUUCUCCGUCAAUGUUUACCGUGGCCUCGCCUGGCACUCCGCCCAAUCGCGUAAAGUCUUCAAUUUGCAUAUAGAAAUAUGUUAUGAAAAUCGGUUGAUGUCUCUGUCACUGCAUGUUCACAUGCCAAAUGAGAAGCUCUUUUGGUUAGGGAUCGAUUAUGAUACUUUAUCUGAUGUUAGACAAGAAGUAAUAUGCAGCAUGUUGGAUCUUACUGGAACGAUUGUGAAAGAGUAUCCUUUGUUGGAUUCUGACUUUGAUCAUAGUGUUGAAUCGGCUGAUAACUCACCCAUCAAAGAUUUCUUCUGUUAUGAUGGGUUCAAUGCACAUAUGAAGGCCGAGCAGGUGGGGUCCACUGAUGAACAUAAGGGAUGA